CUUUUGUUGCACUGACGCAACAAAGUCAUCCAACCUGUUUCUUGAGAAGUGCAAAUCUCGCGAGGCAUUCACGCUGUGCACGUGUAGAUACCCUUGAUUCAUGCUUGGGCUAUUACGAUCCACAAGUGCCAAAGCAUGACGCUCGACCGUGCUUUUAUUCGGCUCGAAAAGGUCUUUUCACCGGGACAAGCGUAUGUGGCGUUGUCGAGAUGUCGCACACUUGAGGGACUACAGAUUGCAGUGCUCAAGCCAGAGUUCAUUCGAGCAGAUCCAAAAGUAGUCAAGUUGUACGACCAGAUCGACAGGCAACCUAAUCAUGUUGCAGCGGCACCACAAAUGAGCAUGGAUCAAGGAGUGGCAGGUCAGCCGCGCAGAAGAACUGCGUGGCGUGAAACGCUGUUCCUCAGAAGCGGCAACUGGAACUUAUCGUGCUCAGUGAUUGAGAUGAUGGAGUCUUAGUGAUCGCUUGUAUUAAAACGAGGAUAUUAGUCAAGCUUACUCAACCAAGCAAAAAUGGAAGGCCUGCACAUAAUGAAGACUCAGGCUCAGUCCAACAUGUGAAGAAGAUUUGCUCUCAGUGGAGACAGU